AUGUUCGGUAUUCGCAUCUGCCCCAGCUGCGGUAUUAGGAUCCGCGCCUCUUUCGGCCGCCAGUGCAAUGACUGCGACGCCCGCCAGCGCGACGACGAGCGCCUCACCCGUCGCGUCCGCUUCGAGGACGACCCCGUCGUCGUCCGACGCAGCCGCAGCCCCUGCCGCCUGCGCAUCCGGCGCAGCAGCCCCCGGCGCGAGGACGAGACCACCACCAUGGUCCGCCGUAGCUCCGAGUACGACGUCGUCAACGUCGGGCCCGACGACUUCGACCACGACUUCUUCUCCUCCAGGCCGCCCGCCAACAACACCACCGUCACGCGCUACUACACCACCACGCGCCCGUCGAGCCGCGAUCGCGCCCGGGACGCCGCCGACCACGACUACGAGCGCGCCCGCCUGCGCGAGGCGCGCGACCGCGGCGUCAACGAGAACGGCACCCGCUGGUCGCGCUCGCUGCGUGACUUUGAGCGUGAGCGCCUCGACCGCUACGGCGGCCGCGAGUACGACCGCGAGGUCGAUUUGGAGAUUCGCCGGUCCCGCCCGUCGCGCCGGGACCGGGACAUCUUUGACGUCUGCUACGAGCUCUAA